AUGCUCGCGUUAGGACCAAAAAAAGACGGUGGACCCAACACGAAAUUUUUUGAGUCCCAAGAAAUUCUUACACAACUCGAUGGAGUUAAACAGUGGCUCUUGAAAAACUGCAAAAAGUAUGUUCAAACGGAUCCUCCUACUAAUAAGAGCUUAGCUACUUUGAUAGUACAAUUACUGCAAUUUCAGGAAGAUAAUUUAGGCAAAAAUGUUACGAAACCACCAAUGACAAGGCUUCCUAUGAAAUGUUUCCUAGAUUUUAAACCAGGAGGUGGUUUAUGUCAUAUUCUUGCUACUGCUUAUCGUUUUAAACAAGAACAAGGAUGGCGUAGAUUUGAUUUUCCUGUUGGAAAGUCAGGAUCUCGUAUGGAUCGCACGGUGGAAAUGUUAAUGGCAGCUGAACGUGCUUUAGUACAGAAUAGAUGUAUGAUUAUACCGAGUGUAUACGUGAGGCCCGAUGUAGACAAAUCAACCGCUGGAAAAGUAAAAGAAGCAGUUCGUCGACAUCAAGGAACUGUUGCUGAAAACGAAGCGGACGCAACGCACAUAAUUUACCCACCCGUAGAUCCCAUGGAAGAAGAAUAUGCACGGCCAUGCAUGAGGCGAGAAAGAUCCGUUCUUCUUCAUUGGUAUUAUUUCCCAGAUAGUUAUGACUCUUGGACUACGUUAGACCUUCCUUGGGACUUUCCGGAAGGCACACUUACAAGUGCAAAUAUGAAGUCGCUGUACAAAGUAUCGGCAACGUGGGCAUUAGAUUUGGAUCAAUAUAACGAAUGGAUGAACGAAGAAGACUAUGAAAUGGAUGAGAACGGUCAAAAGAAGAUACAUAAAUACAGGCUUUCGGUAGAAGACUUAAUGGCUCAACCGUCUCAUCCUCCACCUUCUGCGAAAAAACCAAAAAGAAAACGGUCUCCUAGUCCAUCGCCGAAACAAGGCAAGCGUAAAAGUGCAAGAGCACCGUCAAGUGUUCAAAGUACUUCUUCUUCGUCGUCCCUUGCGACUCCAAAAAAAACACGCGGUGGUGGAGAGGAGGAAGACGAUCUCACUCAGGGAAUGGAAGAUCCUCCGGCGGAACCUCGAAUCGUAGAAGUAGUUGCUACACCUACGAAUCCGCCGGUUACAGGACAGGGUAAUGUUUCAACAAGUGGGACCGCUUUAACAACAACGGGCAGUAAAAAACAAGACAACGAGCUUCAGCCGCUUAAAUCUGGUAAUAUGGCAGACUUGGAUGAACCGAUGGAAGGUGACAAAGGAAGUUCUCAAAGCACCCAAGACAGAGAAGAACGAGAUACGAGCAAAGAAAGAGGAGAAGGGAAUAAAGGAGAUGAACCGGAAGACAACGUUACCGAACAAACGCAUCAUAUAGUGGUUCCUAGUUAUUCUGCUUGGUUUGAUUAUAAUUCGAUUCACACUAUCGAAAAGAGGGCUUUAUCCGAAUUCUUUAAUGGUAAAAAUAAGUCUAAAACGCCUGAAAUUUAUCUCGCAUAUAGAAAUUUUAUGAUCGACACGUACAGAUUAAACCCUACGGAAUACAUCACGUCGACCGCUUGUAGACGUAACUUGGCAGGCGAUGUAUGCGCGAUCAUGCGUGUACACGCAUUUUUGGAACAAUGGGGUCUUAUUAAUUACCAAGUAGACGCUGAAUCUAGACCAACACCUAUGGGACCUCCUCCGACAUCGCAUUUCCAUGUACUGUCGGAUACACCUUCGGGUUUGGCUCCGGUUAAUCCAAACCCUCCGAAGACACCGCAACCCUCAGCAGCGAAAACUUUGCUGGAUUUAGAAAAAAAAUCGAGCGUAAUAGCAGGAACAGAGGAAAAAGCGUCGGCCGGUGCGAUGGCAAACUUUGGAUUAAAAAUCGAUCAGUAUUCGAGGAAACCAGCGGUAUUGAAGAACAAACAAGCUGCCGGUGCUACUCGCGAUUGGACAGAACAAGAGACGCUUUUAUUAUUAGAGGGACUGGAAUUACACAAGGAUGAUUGGAAUAAAGUUUGCGAACACGUUGGCUCGAGGACACAAGACGAAUGUAUCUUGCACUUCUUAAGGCUACCAAUAGAAGAUCCGUAUUUAGAGGAAGGUGGACCAGAAGGUUUAGGACCAUUAGCUUAUCAACCAGUACCAUUUUCGAAAGCUGGUAAUCCAGUGAUGAGUACCGUAGCAUUUUUGGCUUCUGUCGUUGAUCCUAGAGUCGCCGCUAGUGCCGCGAAAGCUGCUAUGGAAGAAUUUGCAGCUAUCAAGGACCAAGUACCAGCCGCUUUAUUAGAUCAACACUUGAGGAAUGUACAAGCUAGUGCCAAUUCUGAUGGCAAAUUUGAUCCAGCUGCUGGAUUAGCGCAGUCAGGUAUAGCUGGCACAGGACCACCUGAACCUCCAGAUGAUACAACAGCACCUUCAACGACUGGAAAUGUACCAAGCACAGUCGCGACAUCUCCACAUCCAGCAACACCGGCUUCUAUAGAAACGAAGAAAGAGGAACAAGAGAAACCUAAGGAGUCCGAUGUUGACCAAAACCAAUUGGAUAUAACCAAAAAAGAAGACGAAUUAAAAGAGGCGGAAGAAGAUGCAAAAUCAGCCGUUGAUGCUGAAACUAUGGAAGCGAAAGAAAAGAAGGACAAGGUUGUGCGAGAUGCUCAACUUCAGUCUGCGGCUGCCCUCGUUGAGACACAAAUGAAGAAAUUGGAAAUUAAAUUACGUCAUUUCGAAGAAUUAGAAACGACAAUGGAACGGGAACGUGAAGGUCUUGAGUAUCAGCGACAACAACUCAUCACUGAAAGGCAACAAUUCCAUUUGGAACAAUUAAAAGCUGCAGAAUUCAGAGCUAGACAACAGGCGCAUCAGCGGUUGGCUCAAGAACAACAGCAGCAACAACAAAAUCAACAUCCUGCCUGGCAACCUACUGCCCAACAACAGCAACAACAGCAGCCACCGAGUCCGCAAGCACCAACCCAGCAACCACCAUCGCACACGCCUCCGCAACAGGCAUAAUUUUUUCCUCCCACAUGACAGAUGGAUCUUUUGGUGGCUGUUUUGGAUUAAGCGUAUGUAACGAAGACAUCAGAUGGAAAUGAUAA